AUGGAUAUGAUUCCAUACAUGUACUUACGUGUGACGAUCCUGUCAUCGUUAUUCCUUCUAACUAAACUAUCUUCCCAACACCAGACACCUGGACUGUUCCGUAUUCAACCAGAUAAAAGUAAUACAAGACUUGAUGGAUUCGUAUAUCGUACUUUUGAGAAAAUGUCGCCAAGGUUAUGUUUUGAUAAAUGUAUACGGAGACCAAAAUGCUAUUCAUUCAACUACAACCGCUAUAUUUUGAGAUGUGAACUAAAUGUCAAACCACAGGCUGAUGCUACUCUGGAUUUUUACACUGAGAAUGGAUACAUCUAUGUAGAAAUAGAGCCUUACAGAAGAGUUUCUAACUAUGACCCGUGUAUUGAAAAUCUUUGUCAGGAAGGAGAAAGUUGUCAAAGUGUAUCAAAAGGCGGAAAUAUUUGCAUUAAAGAUGAAUGUAAUUUUCAGCCGCCACUCACAAAUAUUGCCGUUGGAAAAAGUACACAACAGAGCUCAGAAUUCGGUGGGUAUCCUUCUUCAUACGCUGUUGAUGGUGACACAAAAACGCUUUCAAUUACAUCUGAACAAUAUUUACCCCACUGGUGGGUAGAUCUUGGAGACACGUUCACUAUAACUCAAAUCUAUAUUAUAAAUAGAAUAACCUGCUGUGGAAAUAGAUUACGUAACCUUGAUAUUAGUGUUGGUAAUUCACUGGAUAGCAUGGCUGUGUGUGUACAUUACAAUGGACCAGGAUCAGACGGUGAACAUCAUGUAUUUAAUUUAGAAAAGGAAGUAGUAGGUCGUUACGUUAAACUACAAAUCAUCGGUACCGAAUACUUGCAACUUACAGAAGUUAGAGUAUUUGGUUAUCCAACAGAAGCAAAUUUUUGUAAAUAACUUUGAAUUGAACACACAAAUAUCUUUAAAUCGACGAGAGGAAAUGUAGCUCUUCAUUUCUUUGACACGAUCAAACAGAACUGGUUUAGCUUUGAGUUAUGUUUGCAUUCCUGCAAGCUCAUGACGUUAUGUGCAAAAUCUCUUCUGCAUACUUUUGUCGAAUCUAUUGUGUAGACCGAGAUGACCUCUUUAUCAUUAUUCUUCAAUCACUUUUCUUUUUAUUUAUAAAAUGUAUAAAUGUUUAUACCAGUUUCUUGGUAGAAAGUUAAUGAACCAGGGGUAAGUCAAAGAACCUCUGGUCUUUUUUCUUAAAAAAAUGUUCAUCGGAAGACAGCCAGACCUUACUGAUAAACCCUUCGAAUCAAUUUCACAAAGUAUACAGGAUGGUCUUGAAGUACAUAGGUACUAAUAAUAGCGUGCAAUAUUAGUCUUUUAUUUGUCUCUGUAAAUAAUUACUUUAAAUGUUUAGUAUAUGUUUGGUGAUAUCUUUUUGACGUGGCUCGGUACUUGAACAGCCCGUCAUUGUGUUUUUUGUGCUGUGGUAUUAUUUUGUGUUUUUGUCUCUCGUUUUUGCUGAUGUGCUUUGUUUAUAUAUCUUUUUGGGUUUAUUUUCCUUGUUGAAAUAUUUGUUUGUUUUUAUA